ACGCACCACAAAAACAAAAUGAAAACAAUCCUUCUGUUGGUCGGAAUAUUCCUUGCCGGAAUCCUCCUCCCGGAGCCGGUUACAUCACAGAAUUGUAAAUGUGCUCGGAACUUGUGUUGUAGCAAGUAUGGUUUCUGUGGAACCGGACCCGCAUAUUGUGGAAAAGACUGUCGAGGUGGCCCAUGUUCUCAACCGGCUCCUCCAAAUAAUGCCAAUGUCCCUAGUCUAGUGACGCCUGCAUUUUUUAACGGGAUCGUUGCCAAGUCUGCACGCAAUUGUCCCGGGAGAGGUUUUUAUACACGGGCUGCCUUUCUUAAUGCCAUCAAAGGCUACCCACGUUUUGGUAGAUCUGGUUCGAUCGCAGAUUCGAAACGCGAAAUCGCGGCUUUCUUUGCUCAUGUUAGUCAUGAGACUAGAAACUUUUGUUAUAAAGAAGAAAUAAAUGGUCGUUCAAGAAACUACUGUGAUAGGACCAACACUCAAUAUCGUUGCAACCCUAAAAAGAGUUAUUAUGGAAGAGGACCGAUCCAACUUGCAUGGAAUUAUAACUACGGUGCAGCCGGCAAGAGCCUUGGGUUCGACGGACUCAACAACCCCGAGAUCGUGGCUAGAGACCCAGUGGUUUCAUUCAAGACCGCCUUGUGGUUUUGGAUGGAGAACUGUCAUUGGGAUUUCGCUUCUGGUAAGGGGUUCGGAGCUACAAUCCGAGCCAUCAAUGGAAAGGAAUGUGGCCGCGGGAACCCGAGGGCCGUGACCUCUCGUGUCACAUAUUACAUUGCUUACUGUAAGCAAUUUGGUGUUAAAACUGGCAAUCAACUUAGAUGCUAGACUCUGGUCGUAUUAAUACCAUGUGAAAACCGACACCAGGCUUAUAGGGUUUUUCGUUAAUGAAAACCAUCUCCUAGUUGGCCUAUAUCGUGUUUCAUCAAAAGGCUAUGAGUUUAAUCGUUUUUAAUAAUUGUUAUAUAUAACAAUAAAUGUUUUCAGACUGAUAAAUAAAUAUUUUGCUUUCAUAUUUGAUGGU